AUGGAGAGGAAGGACCUUUUCUGUCGUUCUGAAAACAUUCCGCUCGCAGGCACUCAGAAUGCGCGAAAGGCAAAGACGGGGGCUCGAAGUGUGCGCGGGCUCCUCCAAGUAUUCGGAGAUGCAGUCCGCCAGGUAACCUCGCUCAGGGAAACCGGGAGGCACGUCGGGCGCGUGCAGGAGUCCGCGCACUCGUCGCGUGAUGGCUUGACGUUGGAGAAUCACAGUCAGGGUCCGAGGGAGGCUGCGGCAAGGAACCACGCAACUGCGGCGGACGCGCAUCCUUUGCCCCAGCCGUGCAGCAUCUGCCUGGAGCCGAUGCUCCCCACUGACAUGUGCAUAAGCUUGGGUUGUUCUUCCCAGCAAGCGCGCUCAGGCGUGUCAGCUUCAAAUGCCCUGCCCUCCAAAAAGAAAACCGAGCCACAGCGGGUCGGCGCCGCAGAGCGCGUGCCGCACAGACUCCACACAGUCUGUUUCCGCCAGUACGUGACAUUUUCGCUGCAGAACUGCCAGGUGACUGCGAGGCCAUCUGAGGGCGGCGGCAAGGGCAGCGGGAUUGCCAUUCUGCGCUGCCCCAUACCCGAGUGCCGAGAAGACGUUCCGCAGAGCGUCAUCCGUCGGUUGCUUCUGCCGUCAACCCAAGACCUCGAGGUCUGCUGUGUAGAUGAGGCUGACGACGACUUCUUCUUGGUGCGCAGGCGGAGCUCCAAACAGAGCGAUUCCUCCUCUGUGUCGCUGCCGCUAUCGACGUCGACACUCGCCUCGGGCGCCUCUUCGGCGUCGAGACGGAGGGGGGUGACCAGGGGGGCAGACGACGGGAGCGCGACAGCUUCACCGUCCCCCUCGCACACGCCUUCCUCGUCUUCGCCGUCCGCGGCUUCUGGGGCUCUCGCUGCUGCAGCUGCCGCGGCGAUGCGGCAGGUACGGAGAGGCGAGGCGGCGGACGCAGAAGCUGCGCAAAAAGAGAACUGCCCCGAAGUCGUUCCUCCUUCUUCAGAGCCCCCCUCCAGUGCCGCGCCAGCGAGCUGCGCGGCUGAAGGCGACAAGGAGGGACGGGCGCUGUAUGGGGUCUAUUUGGAGCGAACCUUCGAGGCCUACGCCGACACCGCUGGCGACGUCGUUCGCUGUCUGGCGCCGGGUUGCGGCUACGCGUUCUGGUGGCCGGCGGAUGCGGAGUGGCUCGAAGACGAAGCUGAGCGCCAGGGCGGCGAGACGUGUCCCAAGUGUCAGAGCCGAUGCCUCGUCUGCGGGUGCGCCGUGCACGAGGACGUCGGCUGCGAGGAGGCGUGGAGCGCGCAGAACGCCGCGGCGGCUCGCUCCGCGUCGGUCGCGCUGCCCGGCGGCAAAGGAGGGAAGCCCGGCUCCAGUCGCGUUGUCGCGAGGAGAGACCUGUCCUUUUGGCGCGAGCUGCGGCGCGUCGACUCUGCAUUCGAAGAAUACAAAAAGGCUGAAAAUCUGCGAGACUGCGUGCAGUGCGGUGCCACAGUUCACUUGGAGGCGGGCUGCCACCGCAUGCGCUGCCGAUGCGGAUACAAAUUCUGUUACGUGUGCGGCACCCCAAACGCGACCUGCACGUGCCCGGAGGUUCAGGGCCACGGCUUUCUCACUCUGGAGGAAGUUCGGCAGACGCACGCGCCGACGCGGCGCCGCGCCGCGUCAAACGCCGCCGCAGGUGAGAGUUCGCGUCGUCCUCCGCACGUGCAGGAUGCUUCGCCCGCAGCCGCCUCCGCGGCUCCCCCCGCGCCAGGCCGGGUGGAGCACGUCUCGCGGCUCCGCACUCGUGCCUCCGCCGCCUCGUCGGACGCGACGUCUGGCUCGAACGCCGCUGUGGCGACGCGCGCCUCGUCGCCGCGCGUAGUGCGCGGGAGUCCAGCUCAGCUCAAGAGGGAAGACCGGGAGGGCGGAGGGCCUCUGGAGGUCGCGAAACCCCACAACGCGCGAACCAGGCAGCGUCGCGCGCGGCCGCCCUCCGCGGCGUCCGCGGCUGGGCGCCGCGGGGGGAAUGAGGUGACCGAAGGGCCGCGGACAGGCGAGCGCCGAGGAGCCUCCGCGGGGAGGGCGCGUGUGCAGGUGCCUCAGCGCGCCAAGACAGAGACGAAAGUCAGGAAGCGGCCUCGGCCGGGAGAUACCACGGAGGCGAAAGCGGUCGGGAGGCGGAGACGCAGCUAG